UCGAAGCAGAUUGCGGCGAAGCCUCUGAACCGGUACACCUCCGUGCUGUCGCUGGCGACCGCGGUCGCCUACGUGCCGCUGUACGGCGCCGUGCUGGGGGGCCUGCUGCGGGCGGGCUCCGUGCCGCGCCACCAGCUCGACUUCGUGUGGCGGCGAGGUUUCGUGUCUGUGCCGCUGUUUGCUGCCUCUGGCUUCGCGCUGGCGGCGCUGGGGGACACGCUCGGCGACGUGAUCGGCAUGAUCUGCACCCCCUACGUGGCCGGGCCCGUGCACUCGCUGCUGUCGAACUGCACGCCGGUGUUCAUCGCGCUGCUGGCCUUCUGCGUGCUGCGGCAGAGGUACUCCCUGCUGCAGGUCCUGAGCCUGGGCGGCGUCGUCGUGGCCGUGGUGCUGGGCGUGCUGCCAAGCUUUUCGCACAGCAGCGAGAUGGCAAAGGCGACGCAGCCAUUCUUUGCGCUGGUGCUCGCAGCCUCCUGCAUCUUCAACGCCGUCUCCUUCGUCGUGAAGGAGCUCGUCUUCAAGAGCUAUGCGGGCUGGCUCGAUCGGGAAGGCACCGAGAGCAGCAGGAGCCUGCACGUCUUUGUCGUGAAUUUCCACGCGGCCCUGUUCCAGCUGCCGUUCACCCUCCUGACGGUGCCCUUCAACGUGCUGCUCGGGCAGACCGACGGGGAGAGCAUCUGGCAGUACAUGGGGGAGGCCCUGACGUGCGUCUUCGGCUCGAGCCCAGCGUCCUGCGGCCCAAAGGCAGUCCACGCGGAGGACGCUGCGGCGAGCGUGAUCGUGUACGUUGUCUUCAACGUCCUGUGGAACAUCUCGAUCCUGAUCUCGGUGAAGCAUUCUGGGGCGCUCGCCACGUUCAUAUCACUCAAGGCGAUCUUCCCCGUCUCGACGGUUCUCUUCGCCUGCGUCGAUUGGCCCCUGCUCGGGCGGACCCCCCUCAGCUGGCUCGUCUGGGUGUCCCUGGGCCUCAUGCUGCCCUGCAUCGUGCUCUACCAGCUCGCCUCGAGCUGGCAGCGCCGCCGCGCGGAGGCGCACCCGUCCGCGGCCACCUGCUGCUGGCCCCUGCGCGGCCGCAGCUCCUGA